AUGGCAGAGAGCAUAGCUGAGAAUAAUAGGAAAGAUGGGUUGGUGUUCUUUGGGAAGGGUGAAAGAGUGUAUGGUUUGGAUAAGCUCUUGACUUCCAAGAUUGAAUUUCUGGGAAAGGGGACCUUUGGAUCCACUUAUAAGUCAUUCCUGGAUGAUGGGGUGGUUGUUGCUGUCAAAAUCUUGAAAUUUGAUUAUGUUUUAGGGGUUGAGAGAGAGAAGAUUGAAAAAUUGGGAGAGAGAGUUCAUGAAAAUUUGCUUCCCCUUAGAGCAUACCAUUGCACCAACCAUGGAACAGUUCUUAUAUAUGAUUACAUUCCCAUGGGAAGCUUGUCUGCUCUCUUACAUGGAAAUGGGGGUGCUUCUAAGACUCAACUUGGCUGGGAAGUAAGGUGCAGAAUCGCCUACGGAGUUGCCCAGGGCAUCGAAUACCUCCAUUCCAGAGGCCCUGAUGUUUGCCAUGGAAACAUAAGGUCAUCCAACAUCAUCCUCAACGACAAUUACGAUGCCCACCUGUCUGAUUUUGGGAUAGACCAACUCAUUUUACCCCACUCCAAAGCUAACCUCAUUGCUGGUUAUCAAGCACCGGAGCUGAAAAAUAGCAAAAAAAUUUCUCAGAAGUCCGAUAUCUACAGUUUUGGUGUCUUGCUUUUGGAACUGCUUACUGGUAAGGUCCCAAUUGAUGCCCUGUCCAAGAAUGAAGGGGUUGAUCUGCCUAAAUGUGUUCGGUUGAUGUUUCAAGAAAAGCCAGUGAUUGAUGUGUUUGAUAGUGAUCUGCUGAGGUACAAGAAUGUUGGGGAACAAAUGGUUCUCAUGUUACAACUUGCAAUUUGUUGUACAUUUGAGAACCCUAAUAAACGACCCUCUAUAGAUGCUGUGACCAAUAGAAUCAAGGAGAUUAAUAGCUUCACACGGAUAAUCCGAAAAUAUAUUAUUAAUUGA